AGCCUGGACCACGUUAUUUACUUCUGUUAAAGUUCAUAACCUUACAUUACACCAAUUAAAAUAGGUGAUCCGUUGACAUUUGUAUACAAGCCGAUCGAGAAAUUUAUUUUUUCUCUCGAAUUCAAUUUAAUUAGCAUGUCUCGUCGCGUAGAAUUAUCACGACAAAGCCGACAAUAUAAGCGCAAGUCGAGAAGUUCGAUGUGCCGUUCGUCACGCUCUUAGCGUCUAGAAUAAGUUUUUCAUUUUUUGAGUGACAUACAUCACGUUGCAAAGAUUUGGAUAAAUUUUUUUGUUCGGUUACUUUAACUGUUCCAAAUUUUCCUGCAAUUAUGGGUAGUCCGGUGGAAUCGAUGGAAACGGAUGUAAUGAAAGAAUCGUGCUCAAACAGUGCAACAAGUUCGUCGGAUUCAAAUAACGAAUACAUUUACAGACCAACAACUUUUGAAGAUUUAUUGCGUGAUAUACCGAGAGAAGUAUUAAAUGAUUGUGGCCCAGAUGAAGCAUUUAGACCAGAUUAUAAAGCAGCAAUAUUUUCACAAAGUCGGCCAGCUGGUGCACCAUUCACUCCUCAUGAACCUUCGCUGUGUCACGAUGAAGAAGUUAUGGACGAUGGGACCUUUUACUUUGAAUCGGAUCAUUUGGCCCUCAAAGGAAAUGAAGACUAUCAUAAUUUAUUAAAGGUAGUGGUUACGUUGCAAGCUCUUCGCUCUCAAGCCGUUAAAGACUUGGAACAAUUACACAAUGCAAAAAAGGAAGCAUUAAUGGACCCAAUAGCUUAUGUAGAAAAAUUAAAAAAUGGUGAUCUUCCAGAAUAUCCAGGUCCAUUACCAAUACCAGAAAUUCCAGAUAUUGAUUUUAGUAAGUACAAAUCAGUACAACCAGAUGAAAAUAUGAGACCAAUUACUAGAAAUAUAAGAUCAACCGUUGCCAAAAAAACAAAUUUAAAUCAACAGAGCACUUCUAAAUUAUUAGAAGCAUCUACAGUUUCUGGAAAACCAAAAGUUAGAGGUAGGGAUUAUGAUGAAAGCAAGCCAGGAACUUUCAAUCAAUUAUGGACUAAACAAGAACAAGAAAGAUUACAAGAAUUAUUAGAAAUUUAUCCAACUGAAGAAAUAGAGAUGAAAAGAUGGACCAAAAUAGCAAAUGCGCUUGGAACCCGUACUCCAAAGCAAGUGUGCAGUAGAGUUCAAAAAUAUUUUCUCAAGCUCUCAAAAGUAGGCCUACCAAUACCGGGUAGACAACCAAAAGUUAAAAGUGACAGGAGGUUUUCAGCUAAGGCCAGACAAAAUAUCGCAACAAAAAGAUCAACAUUUUUUCCUCAUGAACACCUUGAGGAUGAAUUUUUCCAUUCAAGUUAUCAUUAUAAUAAUUCUGAUACAAAUUCAGGAUCUGAAUCUAUAAAAAAGGAAUAUACCUGCGAGCCAAUGCACAUUCAACUAUUACGGAAUAUCAAGGGAGAAACUUUCACAGAAUAUGAAAAAAAUUAUACACACACUGGUCACAAGUGCUACAUUUGCAACAUGAAUCCGAUCAGGAACAUACGCUGGGAGUGUCAGGACUGCGCGGACAUCAAUCUGUGCACGGAUUGCGCGGUUGCACAACUGGAGGCUGAGGAUCCACUGCAUCCUCCGGAUCACAUGAUGAGCGUGCACCGGCCGCCGAAAAUGUCGUCUCAUAACGGUUACGACGUUGAUUAUAUGCCACACAAGUUCAACAAAGGUUCUUACAACUAUCUCGACAUGAAUUACAUUCCCGAGUGAAUAACAGUGAGGAUAUUUUUGUUUUCUAUUUUUAAGGAAAUAAUAAAAACGUUGUUAGGUUUCUGAGGAAAUGCUGCGCAUUUUCAGUCAUGCAAUUGAAAGAUUUAUUUUUUACAAGUCAAAGAGUACAAUAAUUUAGUUUUAGUUUUACAGUUAGAUGAUUAUCUAAGUCAUGAUAGACAUAAAUACAUAUAAAAAAAGACUGGAGAGAAAGGUGGAUUGCAUUCAUUAGAAAAU